UGACGUAGCGCGAAUCCCCGCCCUCUCCGCACGCACGCCGGGAAGGGGGUGGGGCCACGUUAACGUCCGCGCCAUCGCUGCACAGAGGUGGCUGGAGGUCUGUUUUUAGUGUAUGGUUUACCCUGCCAAGCGCUUCCGCCUGGUGCCGGCCAUGGAGGGCGUGCGCUGGGCCUUUUCCUGCGGCACCUGGCUGCCGAGCAGAGCAGAAUGGCUGCUGGCCGUGCGAUCGAUCCAGCCCGAGGAAAAGGAGCGCAUUGGCCAGUUCGUCUUUGCCCGGGACGCUAAGGCAGCCAUGGCUGGUCGCCUGAUGAUAAGGAAAUUGGUUGCAGAGAAAUUGAACAUACCUUGGAAUAAUAUUCGUUUGCAAAGAACUGCAAAAGGAAAGCCAGUUCUUGCAAAGGACUCCCUGAAUCCUUAUCCCAAUUUCAACUUUAACAUCUCUCAUCAAGGGGACUAUGCGGUACUUGCUUCUGAACCUGAGCUACAAGUUGGAAUUGAUAUAAUGAAGACUAGCUUUCCAGGUCGUGGUUCAAUUCCAGAAUUCUUUCAUAUUAUGAAAAGAAAAUUUACCAACAAAGAAUGGGAAACAAUCAGAAGUUUUAAAGACGAAUGGACUCAGCUGGAUAUGUUUUAUAGGAACUGGGCACUGAAGGAAAGCUUCAUAAAAGCCAUUGGUGUUGGACUAGGAUUUGAAUUACAGCGACUUGAAUUUGAUAUAUCUCCAUUAAACCUGGAUAUAGGCCAAGUUUAUAGAGAAACUCGCUUGUUUCUGGAUGGGAAAGAAGAAAAAGAAUGGGCAUUUGAGGAAAGCAAGAUAGAUGAACAUCAUUUUGUUGCAGUAGCACUUAGGAAACCUGAUGGAUCUAAACAUCAAGAUGAUUCAUCUUCAGAUGAUGCUAAACCUACCCAAAGGCAGUUUAAGAUUCUGACCUUCAAUGAUUUAAUAGCUUCUGCUGUUCCUAUGACACCUGAAGAUCCUUCAUUUUGGGACUGUUUUUGCUUCACAGAAGAAAUUUUAGUACGAAAUGGUACAAAGUCAUGAUAUGAUUCCCUAAGUAACAGAAAUGAAAACUGUUUGUAAUCUUCUGUAUUCACUAAAAAGCAAAUACCUGAUAAUACCACAUUUUGUUUUACAAAACAACUGGGAAAAAAAAGAGAACAAAACUUUUCC